AUGCAACGUUCGGCCCUCGAAUCCAGAGACCUUGCCAUCCUUGUACCACCUAAUGGAUCCUCUCAGGAGCACUUAUGCCAUAACCAGCGAGCCCGAUCUGGUCAAGCACAGAACUUCAGUGUUUUAGCCAUCGGCUUGAUUUUAGGACUGGGCUUGCUCAUUAUUUACUACCGCCGGUUGGCGUGGAAAUCGAAUGGGCUGUUGCAGUUGCAAAGACUGGCUCACGAGGAGGCAGGCUUUGGAACUUGGGAGCGCCGUGCGAAGAAUGUACCAGUCACCAUUCCGGGCGAGACACUCGCUACCCUGGACGUGAACGACCCAGAACAUCCUACGCUGCUGAAGACCCCGGUGUUGUCAAAUCAGCCUUUGCAGCCAAAAUCCACUACCACGCAUAUCGGUAGUCCACAGAAGACAGAUACCACCGCCAUCACUGCUCUAUCUGCGGAAAUCGAACCGAAGCCUGUAGAUGGAGAACAUGAAACGGGUGGGUCUCCUUUUCAACAAAUCAAUCUCUAUACACUAACUCAUCUGGGCUUAACAGAGCGUCUUAAUUCAUCAUCAUCAGCGAACAACACUGGCGGUCCAAAUCUCGGCUUUACAAUGCCAGUUGAGUCUACGCCUGAUAAGCGACUGCCUGGCUGGGACCGAGAAGGAACUCUUUGUAGCAUGGAACGUUCGUGGAAAUGA